AUGGUCUACAGUCUUCAAGAAUCAGGUAUGCAAAUACCUUCAAACUUCUCAUCUCGCUAAUUGCAGCUGCAGCGAGCCAGAACUUCAGGAGAUCGGCCCACCGUAACUUGUACGCGCUGUCCUGAACCCUUCUCAACGUCACCCCACCACUCCUUGACCUGUCUGGUGCCAUUAGCAACGAUUCAAAGGUACGUUGAUUUCUUUCUCGCUUUGUCAUUUGCUAUCCCUAAAUCCUUCCCCUCCCUAUACAAUCACCGGUCGCCCUGUUGAUCUUCCUCCCUCAGUUACAGUACGACCUUAACUGACCAGGGACCACUUUCUCAACAGUGUUAGGCUCCUGCAAACCCCAUCGCUAAAGCAAUGAGCGCUUCUCUAGCUACCAUCGACAAUCUCCUAUAUCUGCCCCUUUCUUGUAAGCGAUCUCGGUGUGAGAUAUACCGAGCAACCAACCACAUACUGACGCUUGCUGUCUCGGUAGUCUCUCCCUAUACUCAAAGUCUGUUGGUCCAUCUGCGAGCACUUACCAAUCAAAACAAAAGAUUUACGCGGAGGCCCUGACGUUCAGACCUGACAAAGGCUAGAAGAAAGGUCAAUUAGUAAGAUGUUCUAUCUCCUUCGACACUUCGCUAUCAAACCUUUCUAACUCAUUACUUAGCAUUACAGAAUGUCUCCCAAGUCUCAAAUUUUGCGAAUUUGCUUCAGAUUCUUAUCUGCAAGCACCCAUUCUCCAUCAAAAGCAACAAACUAGUCAUAGUGGUCAACCAGCAAAGGCAACAUACCCUGUGGCCUUUCUCCCUCAACAUCUACAAGGGCUCCACUUCUCCCCGCUUCUGCAGGUAUUGUAUACCUCUCAGCCCAGGAUGAAGACUGACAAAGACCCAGAUGAGACCAUGCCUCACAGCUGGGACGUCUUGGAACCCGACUGGGCAUCUGGAUACUCCAGCGGGCUUUGA